GCCCUCAGACACCAGCAGAUCUCCAUGUGGAAGCGUGGAGCUGCCUCCUGUGUUCACUCCAAGUAAUUACAUAAGAAUGCGCAGGACUCUCAGAGCAGACUGCUGGAGUAGACUUUUCUCGCUGGAUAUCAACACUGAUUUUGCCUUAUUAGAUAUUUGAUGCAACGGAAAAGAGUUUGAUACCUGUCAAGAGGGAUCAUAACGGAUCACAUGAACACUCAGCAAACUGCGGAAGUGCGUGGCCAUCCAAAUGGCUCUCUUGUUUUCUCUGGAGAGCGUGGAGUUUCUUCAAGCCAGCACAUAUUAACUUCUCCAGAGCUGACCCAUCAAGUGGUCAUUUCCCCUGGACUUCCUAGUCCUCCUCUCAGCCCUUUUAACUUCAGUAGGAUAGCAAGCAGAGAGGUCAAGGGGCCAGACCUGAAUGGAGUGGGCUCAGCAGCUCCCAGCUUUGGAUCAUACUAUGGACCUUCAGACUCCCCAGGUGGACUGGCUAAUGGUGUCCAAGGCUCCUCCACCCUCCCACGCAGCUGGACCCCCAGCAGGGAGGAGAGGCUUAUCAAGUACUCAGGAAUAGGUCCUGUGGAUGAGACCGGGAUGCCGAUUGCUUCCAGAUCUAGUGUAAACAAGCCCAAAGACUGGUACAGGAGCAUGUUCAGACAGAUUCACAAGAGGCCAGAGGACUCAGAAGAUUCAGAGCUGUGGUCAGCUGAACGGCUCCGGCUGGCUGCCAGAACAGAAGAAAGCAAUGAAACAGACAAAGAUCUCUUCAGGCUAACACCACAUGGAGCGCUACCAGAUUGGAGCGAGGAUGUAGAUAAGCUGUCAGACCCAGGAAAGCAGCACCCUCAACCCAGGAGCAUAUUCGACUUUGAGCCUGGGAAGACCACAGCCUCGGAAAGCCACAGCCAGGUUCUUCUGUCUCCGAAGAAACCACCUGAGAAGCCAAAGUCCCCUUCCAUUGAGGCCAGUUUGGUAUCAGAGCUGAGUCGAUUUGAGGCUGAGCUGGACAUGGACAUUCAGGGCCUGGAGAGGACACUUUCCCAGAAGAAACAACGUCGAGGCCGGGGUGAGGAGGCCUGUAGCAGGAAUCCAGUAUCUCCUCCAAAGGCUGUCGCUCCCUACCACAGCAGUUCAUUACCACAAAAACAGUCUGUCCAGCGUUCCAGUGGCAUUUCAAUGGAAUCUGCUCCUGCAUAUGUGGACCGUCUUUCCUCCGCAAAUGUAACCACGGAGCUUCCACCAAAAAAGGACGACAAAAAGAUGAAAGCAGCCAGAGCCAAGUUUAAUUUCGCGGCUCAGUCACCCAAGGAGCUCCCACUGCAGAAAGGUGACAUUGUUUACAUCCACAGGCAGGUAGAUGCAAACUGGUUUGAAGGAGAACACCAUGGAAGAGCUGGUAUUUUCCCCACAUCUUAUGUGGAGGUUCUGGCUCCCACAGAGAAGCCAACACCUAUAAAGUCUCCCACUCUACAGGUCUUGGACUAUGGGGAAGCUGUAGCUCUGUACAACUUCAACGCUGACCAACCUGUUGAACUUUCUUUUCGUAAAGGUGAGGUGAUCAGCAUAACCAGGCGUGUUGAUGAUAAGUGGUUAGAAGGCAGGAUCUCUGGAACAAGCCGGAGCGGCAUCUUUCCGGACAGUUAUGUGCAGGUCAACAAGAUGCCCCGCACCAAAUACUCCACGGAUGAAUACUCGCCGGGCCCCAUGUCUCCCAUCUCCCCUGGACCCCAGAGUCCAGGACGUCCACUCCGUUCCCCGUGCCCGCUGUCACCGUCACCGUCAUCCUCUUUCACCCCCACUUCACUGAGUCCAACGCCUGAGCACUCCACCAUCAAACCGUCCUCACCUGUACCAUACGGCAGCCCUGCUUCACAGUCACGCUCCCCCACUCAGACACUCUUAUCCAAUCAUAAGCCCAACUUCACAUCCAAUACUGCUUCACCGAAUAACCAGAACAACCACUGGGCUGCAACACACUCGGCCCACCAGAGCACCACAGUGAGAGCUGUUUCCCCUCCCACUCAGUCGUCAGCAUCCGUGCACAGAGCAGGAGCUUCCCCAGCGAGCACCUCCAGAUACCCUGAUCCCUCACAGGGUGCAAUAACAAACCAAGGGGCCCGUCCUAAUGCACAUGUCACCUCAAACAACCUUGGUUCAACAGCGGGGCAAAACCGACCCUAUAAAGCUGUUUACAACUACAGACCACAGAAUGCAGAUGAGUUGGAGCUCAAAGAAGGUGACAUUGUACAAGUCUUGGAGAAAUGUGAUGAUGGCUGGUUUGUAGGUACGUCAGAACGGACUCAUGCUUUUGGGACUUUUCCUGGGAAUUACGUGACACCAGUUUGACUUCCUCACUUACUGCUUUGAACACAUCCAACUGGACUUGUAUGAGCCCGACUAGUGAUAAUUUCCCCGUAACAGUAUCCACCACACUCCAGAAGCUGGUUUAUCGAGGCCUGCAUGCUCACUGUUUUUCCCAGAAGAAAAGAGAGGGAAUCCAUAUAGUUCCACUCCUCACCUCCCUGCAUGUAUGUGUGUGCACAUACAGAAUGCGUGUGUGUUUGCAUUGCACAGAGACUUGGAAGUGUGUUUUCACACGGAUCAUACAAGAAGAAAGAAUGAAUGCUGAUGUGACUGUUUAAGAUGCUAAUGAUGGAUUUUUUUUUUUUUUGUUCCACAACUAUUUGCAGCUGCAGGACUUUAACAUUCCUUCCCACUUCCCGCUGAAGAGCACUGUUCCCUCUGAGGUCCUGACAGUGUCCAGCUGCAUUCAGCUUUCACACAGUGUCACAAACCACUGCUGAAAAUCAUACAUGAGCAUUUUGUAAACUAUUUUGCUGGAAUAUUAAUAUCUCAUUAAAUAUUUCCCCCAGAUUUUGUUUUAGAUCUCUGAAAAUCCCUGUGACAGGUUUGAAGGAGCAGCACAAACAUCUGAGCGUAGUGCUCAAAGUAAAGCACGGUAUAUGCUCAGGCAUAUGAGGACCGUUUACAGCCCUCCAGAAUGUUUUGGGUUUGGGGACGUCUAAAGCAACGGACUGGUUUGCCAUACGUGAAAGUGAAGGGAUAUAAAUUGUACAACGUGAGCUGUGUUGAAUAAACUGAAAGUAGUAAUCACAGCAGCAGAUUGCUGAAUUAUCAUAUGGUGUGAAUUAAUAUUGUAUGUGCCAAAACUUACCUAAAAUAAUAAUUAAAAAAAUGAGUGCCUCUGUUAAACUAUUGAAGCAAUAUCUCCAGCUUGCUUUAUUUCUGAUAUGUUUACUGCUGCUUUUACAACAUCCUCUUUUUUACUAUGGGAUUAAUAUCACCACUUUGAAAACUCCAUAAAACAAAAUUCAUCUUCAUUUGUUCCAGAGCAUCUUUUGAUGAGCUACGACUAACUACAAAUCCUGUUCAUCAAGUUAUUUUGAUGUUUUAUAUGACAGUGUCAUGAUUUCACUGUAAUGAACCUAAUUUUAUUGAAAAUGAAAUGAUUGUACAAAAUUAAACAGUUUAUAAGACUUAAAGUGUAAUAUAAUAAAUAUAUUUGCUUAAAAAACAAUUUAUUGCAUAUGUGUGGUACGCAUUUCAUGCAUACAAAGUUAUUAAACAUUAAAGACUGAUACUUUAA